CGGAGGCUACCCCUGUGCCGAUAUCCAGCAUGGACGAUUAUCCCAUGCAGGGCCUAUUGGCUCUAUCUGUUCUUAUGGGGCCCCUGUUCCGCAUCUUCUUUCCAUUGGGACUUGGGAGAAUCUGUACCUCUCGGAUGAUGCUGAAGUCAGGGAAGAUCAAGCCGGGCCCCACAAUUGAAGAACAGAAAGAAAAUGAUCCCCAGCUGGCAGAGAAAAAGAAAGAAAGAGAAGACAAGAAAAGACAGAAAGAAGAAGAACUGAAGAAGAAGCUGAAAGAAAAGAUGGAAAGAGAAUUAGAAGAAGAAAUGAAAAGUAUUCAAGACGAAGAAGAAGAUGAAGAGAAGGAUGAAGGGGAGAGAUUGCAACGGCGGCGACCCAUUGAUCAGCCCGAGAGUAGUCGUACCGGUGAGGUACGCCUGCCGUUGGUGCCCCCAUUGGAUUGGGCCAACCAGCACGGCUACUCCAGCGACCAACUUCAAGAAUCGGAAGAAGAAAGAGAUGUGUUCAUAGCCAAGCUAGGAACUAUUGCUGAUAAAGCAGAAAGGGAUUUGCUGCUGGAGGAAAAGAGAAACGAAUUGCAUACCAAAUUGCUCGCAGCACAGAGACAAGAAUUAGAGGAGAAAAAGAGGCUGCAGACAGAGGGUGAAAAGUUACAAACCGCGUUAGAAGCGCAAAAAGGAAAGGAAACGGCGGCAGACGAACAACUCACCCUUCUCAGAGAGUCUCUCCUCCAGACAAGGAAGGAGAUGGCAGCAAUGAAUCGGACGCUACAGAAGGUGGAAACUCACCAAACAGAGUUUGAAAACGUCUGGAAUACCUUUCUGCACAAGUCAGCACAAGAUGUGGACAGGCAUAUCCAAUCCUAUAUUGUAAAGCUAGAUGAGCACAUUACUACUACCUUCACACCGAAAGUAAUCGAAAGGAUAGUGAAAGGAGCUGGAGGUGGAGGAGGGGACGGCGGCGAUGAUGGAGAUGAUGGAGACAAGAAGAAGAAAGGAGUGCAGCGUGAAGAAGGAGAUGGGGGAAAGGUAAACAAGAUUCAGUUGAAAUUGCCAUGGACCUAUAACGGUAAAAAGGAAGAGAGCGUUUUGCACUGGAUUGCAGCGAUUGAGUCAUAUUGUUAUGGACAGCGAGUCCCAUACUGGUACAGAGUGCUUAUGGCCAGUUCCUGCAUGGCGGGAGAUGCAAUGAGUUUUGCGAUCUCUUUGCAGAAAGAAGCGGGAUGUGAGACGUUAGUGGAAUAUUCUCAGCGAACUCGUUUGGAGGAUUUCCUCAAAGCCGUCAGAGAACGGUUCGAGGACAAGAAUCUGGCCCGUCGAACAGAAAUGUUGGUGUUAAAUUUACCUGAAAGGAAGUGGAGAAGCACUUCAGCACUCAAGUCUACUAUGGAUGAACUGCUGCAGCAAAGCACUGAACAUGGCUUAACCCCCGCACAAAUUCUGAAUAGCUUUGCCCGUGCACUCCCUGAACCCCUUCGCUCUCAACUGUAUCCCCGAACAAAGGAAGAAGGAAUGACUUACGAGAAGUUCAGCAAGAUCGCAUUGGAUCAUGCUGGCUUCUUAACUGAGGCUAACUACUACCACUAUUGGAAAGAUCUGCAAGCGGGACGAAAGUGGCAAAAUCGUACUAUCUCAGGGUCAAUACCUGGGAAGGACAGCCUCCUCCUAACCUUUGAGGGAGGAGGCAUGGAAACCAUCCCUUGGGACCAAGUGGAUUACGGUCUCGAGGAACUCAACGAACCGGUAGUUCAGGAGGGGAGCUACGCGGCCGUUGCAGCCCGCGGGGGAGGGCGACAAGGUAAAGGGCGCGGCCGAGGAAAAGGAGGUCGUGGCCGUGGUGGAAGAGGCUCAGGCACCCAGAGGGGUAGUGGCGAAGGUAGCCACUACGUGGGAGGAAGGGGAAACGGUCCCUCGCAAGGUGGUCGUGGUACUUAUUCCACGUGGGGUAGAGGAAGAGGCGCAUGGUUUGGGAAGGGAUAAACCUUACCAGCCUCAUCCCGGUCUUCCCGAAGGCGAACCUUGGAAGAAACUGGGAAUAACUGAAAAAGUUUGGCAAGAUAGAAAGUUGUCGAUCAAUGCCUUAAAUGUGGGGACCCGACCACAUUGUUCCCUAUUGCCCCGACUAUAGGGGAGCACAACGGAACAGCCAGUAGAGGUUCCAGUUGCCUCUACCGGAGCUUCGAGUGCUGAAAAACCAGAAUCCUCCCACUCGAAGGCCUCAAUGGCAGAGAUUGAAGAGGAAGUAGUCAGUCCCCAUUUAGUGCCCUGCCCAGAGGUGGCUAGCGUAUGGAUCUCUCUAGAUGGAUCCCUCGCUGGCAUAGGUGAUGAGUUGGCCGCUCGUCGCCAACCUGGACUGAGAUGAAGAAAAAGAAAGGGCAGUUAAUCCUUGCAGAUCUUGAAAUAAAUAAAGUAAGAGUAGGUGGAAUGAUAGACAGUGGGUCUACACGCAGCUAUAUUAGUAAGAAGGGUUUGCAAAAACUCCGUCUUGGGCUAAAGGUUAAGAAUUUGAAUGAGCCCAUAGUAAGUAAAUUGGCUAAUAGCAG